AUGGCCGACUCAGUCAAUGGCAACGGUAACCCGCCAACGAGUACCCCCACAUCUGGCAGCAUAAGCGCACAAGACAUAGCGGCCGUGACAAAACUCGUAUCACACGUCCUCGAACAUUUGGACACCCGGGAGAUUCAAGAACACCCCAAGACUGCGGAAGACUACCAGAUGCUCUUGAAGAAGAAGGAAGAACUCAUGAGCUUGUAUAACAGAGUCUUGCAGGUGCUUCGCUUCACUCGACUUAGGCGCGUAGGGGAAUCGCAAGCUCCAACAAUCGAAACAGUCGAUGAGCUUGGGACGGGUUAUUCAACAUUGCUCAAGGGCGUUGAGUCUGUUCUUGCACGAGUCAUUGUGUGGAUUGAGGAGUACGAACACGACAACGGGAUCAACACUGGUGUUUCGGGGGGUCAAGCUGCGCCUACGGCCUGA